AUGUCCUUCCGCUUCUUCUCUCUCCCUUGUGGUCUGCGGAACGCCGUGUGGAGUCCGACGCGCACGACCUUCCACGAAAGUCGCCACUAUGCCUCACUCUGGACACGUCCGCCCCACCAUCGACCGUUCUCGCAUCAGUUCUUUACGAGGACAGCUGCCCCUAGCCCUCUUUUUCGCCGCAAGCUUUUGUGGUUACUCCCGCUUGCCGGAGGAUUCGCUCUGCUCGCCUUUCCCAAACAACGUUCGGUCUUUCCAGCUAUCUUCUCCUCGCCGACUUUGAUCCCAUGUCCUGCCAUUCAACCUGCACCUAUUGAACCGAUGAUCCUCUCUCCGGCAGAACCGGACGACACGCAUAUACUAUCUAAGAUUGUCGUCUUCUUGCGCGACCGCAUCUGGGAACCGAUCUUGACGGCACGCCGGUUCAUCUUUCUGGUCUACCUCUUUCUCCCUGUUCUUCUCAGCUCGCCAAUGCUACUCGUAGGCAAACCGGAGAAACGACUACAAGGAGACAGAUGGGGCGCAGUAUGGUGGUAUGGUUAUCUCACGAGCCAGAUGCAAAGGGCUGGGCCGACAUUCAUCAAGCUAGCCCAAUGGGCCGCAUCUCGCGCAGAUCUGUUCUCCUCGCUUCUCUGUGAGCGUCUGGGCGCAUUGCAUUCACGCGGCAAGGCACAUCCGUUCUCACACACCAAGCGUGUUGUAGAACACGUCUUCCAGCGACCGUUCGACGAGGUAUUCGAGGAGUUCGAUGAGACACCGAUAGGCAGCGGUGCCAUAGCGCAGGUGUCCAGAGGAAUAUUAAAGAAAGAUCUGGUUCCGCCGCCUUCAAAUGUCACUCUCAAACGUCACCGCAAGAACGUACUCCCGCCUGUCCUAGUCAAUGAGCCACCACCUCCCGUGCCUACAGCCUCCGUCGCGGUCAAAAUUUUGCAUCCUCAUGUCGAAAAGCUGAUUCAUCGCGAUCUCUCCAUCAUGCGCUUCUUCGCGAGGGUCAUCACGCUCUUCCCUGGUAUGCAAUGGAUCUCCCUACCCGAAGAGGUCGAGGUAUUCGGACGGAUGAUGCACGAGCAGCUCGAUCUGCGCAUUGAGGCGAACAACCUGGAGGAGUUUGAGCACAACUUCGCGGACCGAAAGCUCCCGGUGAAUUUCCCUCGGCCACUGAGGAUGUGGAGCAGUAAGGAGGUUCUCGUGGAAGAGUUCAAGAACGCGUUAUCGCUGGAACUGUUCUUGCGAAACGGAGGUGGGCCAUUCAACGAUCUGCUCGCCGAGGUGGGCCUGGACGCGUUCCUAAACAUGCUGCUCCUGGAUAACUUUGUGCAUUCCGAUUUGCACCCGGGCAACAUUAUGAUUCAGUUCUCGAAGCCCUCAAACAUCUCGAUUCGAAAUACGCUCAAGGGUCUGUUGCAGAAGCCACCACCUGCUCCCACAGAGUCCGAGCCUCCGGUCCGCGGAAUGCAUGAUGAUAUCGUCGAGCAUCUAAGGACGUAUGUCGAUGAUCCUCCCGCAUGGCGAUCUGAGCUGGAGAGGUUGCACGCCUCAGGCUACAUGCCAGAGGUCGUGUUCGUUGAUGCUGGUCUUGUUACGACACUGAACGGGAAGAACCGCCAGAACUUCCUCGACCUCUUUCGUGCUAUAGCCGAGUUUGACGGGUAUCGCGCUGGACAGCUGAUGGUCGAGCGCUGCCGUACGCCCGAGCUGGCCAUCGAUCCGGAGACGUUCGCACUGCGCAUGCAGCACAUCGUGCUGAACGUCAAGCGGAAGACGUUCUCGCUCGGCCAGAUCAAGAUCUCUGACAUAUUGACGGAGGUGCUCAAGGCGGUCCGCCAGCACCAUGUGAAGAUGGAAGGCGACUUUGUGAAUACGGUGAUAUCAAUAUUGCUGCUGGAGGGUAUUGGCCGGCAGUUGGACCCAGGGCUGGAUCUGUUCAAGAGUGCUCUGCCUAUCCUGAGACAGCUAGGGCGACAGAUGUCAACACAGGAGACGAUGUCGCAGAUGCCGUCCGGAGAUAUCGGUGCAUUCCUGAAGGUAUGGGUAUGGAUGGAGGCUCGGGGCUUGGCCUCAACAGCGUUUAUAGAUGUCGAUGAGCUUGUCAAAUAUGAUACGCUUACAUCCGCGGUGUAA